AUGGUCCUGUCGUUCUACGGGCUUCUAGAGGCCGGCCUGCUCAUCCUCAACGGCAUCGCCGUCCUCAACCGAGAACGUUUCUUGAAGAAGAUUGGUUUUGGGCAACCCACGCAUUCGUUCGACGGCUCGGAUCAAGGAUCGGUUAAGCACCAAGUCAUCGCCCUGAUCUCUGCCGUGCAGACGGUUAUGCGCAUGCCCCUUAUCGUCGUCAACAUCUUCGUGAUUGUGUUCAAGCUGCUCCUGGGU